AGAGAAUGUGUUAGCAAGAAGGGAGGCUAAAGGAGGAGAUUUCCAGAUCUGCUGGUCUAACUGGAAAAGUCUGGAGGGGGCGUGGGCUCACAGGCACAGCUUGACAGGUGUGGUGAGAGACAGACAGCGAUAGAGAGACACAGAGAGAAAGAGAGAGAGAAGGAGAGACAGCGCUGGAAUUACAAGUGUUGCAUCCUCCUCUUGGUGUCGAGGGAAUCAAGUGUUGUCGGGCGGGUUAGUUUCAGCUGACCAGACUUCAACCAUGUCACUAGGUCAAAGAGACACACAAAGAAAUACUACGUUUGUGAGUCCAAAUGGAGAGGGAGAGGAGAGAGAGAUGGCUGAGCCCCCAAAGAUUGAACUCUUUAUAAAGGCGAGUGAUGAUUGUGCAGGUGUGGGAAACUGUCCGUUCAGUCAGAGGAUCUUCAUGAUUCUCUGGUUGAAGGGUGCGACCUUCAGACUUACCACCGUGGACAUGAAGGCCCCUGAGGUUCUCAAGGACGUGGCCCCGGGCUCCCAGCCCCCGUUCCUCGUCUUCAACGGGGAAGUUCGCACGGACACCAACAAGAUCGAGGAGUUCUUGGAGCAGGCGCUGUCACCGCCGCUCUACCCCAAACUGGCUUGCAGAUACAAAGAGUCCAACACAGCUGGCGAUGACAUCUUUCUUAAAUUCUCAGCGUACAUCAAGAAUCCAAACCCCGGACUGAACAACAUGCUGGAAAAAAAGUUCUUGAAAAGCUUGGCGAAACUGAACGACUACCUGCUGACCCCCCUCACUCACGAGCUGGAGAAGAACCCCAACGGAGGACGGUCCAGCCGGGCCUACCUGGAUGGAGACGCCCUGACCCUGGCAGACUGCAACCUGCUCCCAAAGCUCAACAUAGUCAAGACGGUGUGUAUGAAGUACCGUGGCGUGGAUAUCAGUCAGAUGAGCCUCCUGCCGGGUCUAACGCAGUACCUGGACAAGGCCUACAAGCAGGACCAGUUCUCCCACACCUGUCCGCCUGCCUCAGAGAUCCUCUGGGCCUACCACACGGUGGCCAAGUACCUCAAAAAGUAGUCCGCCUGAGGGACUACCAGGUGGUCUAAGAGAAAGGCUAGCAAAAGCAGAAUGAUGUGCACUGAAAAAAGCACUGCAAAUUUUUAGGAGAGAUUAAGGGAGAUCAAAUAAGCUCAUGUCCGAUUCGCUGCUUUACAAUUGGUUGAUUUAAAUCAAUCAAGUGUCCAAUAGCUAUGAUCCUAUUAGUAAUAGGGAUUUUUGUUGUUUGCUGUUAAAUAAAUAGAAAAUCUAGUUAUAUUUCUUAAUCCAUUGCUCAUGUUAUCAUCUGGAAGUAUAUUGUACGAUAAAAGAGAAGAAAGCAUGAUGACGACCGGAUUGUUUGUAUUAAACAGCAUUUAGCUUUUUGAUCUUGAUGGAAGAAAUAAUGGAGGAAGAACACUCAUUGACAACAAUGUAGACGUUUAGGUCAUCACUUAUUUUAUGAACACUAAUAUAUAUUUUUUUUUACUACCCAUUCAAAGGUUUUUUGGCCAUAGUUAGCCAUGAUUGCCCAGUCAGUGUACAAAUAUGUAUGAUAUAGAUGACCUUUUGCAGUGACUUUCAGCAAUAAACAUCCUGUGAUUCAGAAAAUGUGGCAAUGUGUACGAUUAAGCCACACCCAGUAAGUACGCAGGAGACUUUCAGAAUUAGAAUGACUCAGUCACAUUAAACUCCACCGUGCAAUACAUUUUAA